AAGAGGGCAAUCCGAAUCACUGCGCUGGUCCAAGUUGCUGGCAGGGGCGGCAGUGCCAGUCUCUUCACCGUUACCAUACAGGAGGAGAAAGGCUCGCCGGUAAAUCCUGUCCUGCGUGCGGGUCAGACGCGGAAGGAUGGUAGGAUAAGGUUUGGGCACAUUGCUUAGUAUUUUCAGUGUUGUCGCCGCGUCACACGCAUCCAUCGCUCACGCGUUUACUGCGUAAAACUGGAAUACAAAACUCAUUAUAGUCUGUAGCCGUUUCUGGGUGAGACGAGCCGGAUUUCUCUCCAUCUCUGCGUUAUCGUUUUUUUUUUCCAGAGUUGUAUAUGCUUUUCUUCUAAAUGGACCAGAAACAAUAUGACCAUCAGAAAACUUUAUCUUAAAAUACGAUUAUUGAUCCGUGGAUUACACACAUCUAAUGUGACUAUGGACCGUUGCAUGUCGUCGUAUUCGAUGGCUAUAUGCACUUGGAACUAUGACAAUACGCUCUAUCCAUGAUGAAUCCGAGCCUGGAGUGAAGUUUCCGUUUUUUCGUUGCUCUUCUCCCGAGCGGGGGACGUGUUGCUUGGUCGGAUUACGGCACUGAGAGACGCAUAGAACUUGCAAGCAUGCGGACUCCGGAGCGCGGACUCGGGCUAUAGAGCUGCUGGAACUGAUAUUACACAGCCAUGGGCUCCAUGAUGCGUGGCGGGUGGCUGGUGCUCCCCCUGCUGCUCCAGGCGUGGCUGCACGCUGCCCCCGGUGGUCGCACGCGGGAGCGCCCCUGUCCCGAGAGCUGUCGCUGCGACGGCAAGAUCGUCUACUGCGAGUCCAACGCCUUCCCCGACGUGCCCCGGAACCUGUCGGCGGGCUGCCAGGGCCUGUCGCUGCGCUACAACAGCCUGGCGAACCUGCGAGCGGGCCAGUUCGCCAGCCUCAGUCAGCUGGUCUGGCUCUACCUGGAUCACAACUACAUCAGCGCGGUGGACAGCCAGGCGUUCCACGGCGUCCGCAGGCUGAAGGAGCUCAUCCUCAGCUCCAACAAGAUCACGCAGCUGGAGAACACCACCUUCCACACCGUCCCCAACCUGCGCAACCUGGACCUCUCCUACAACAAGAUGCAGGUGCUGCAGCCGGCGCAGUUCCAGGGCCUGCGCAAGCUGCUCAGCCUCCACAUCCGCUCCAACUCCCUCAAGACCGUGCCCAUGCGCGUGUUCCAGGACUGCCGCAACCUGGAGUUCCUGGACCUGGGCUACAACCGGCUGCGCAGCCUGACGAGGAACACCUUCGCGGGGCUGCUGAAGCUCACGGAGCUGCACCUGGAGCACAACCAGUUCUCCAAGAUCAACUUCUCUCACUUCCCGCGCCUCAACAACCUGCGGGCCCUCUACCUGCAGUGGAACCGCAUCAAGUCCAUCAGCCAGGGCAUCACCUGGACCUGGACGUCCCUGCAGAAGCUGGACCUGUCCGGAAAUGAGCUUCAGAUGCUGGAGCCAAGCAUUUUCCAGUGUCUGCGCAACCUGCAGACUCUCAACCUGGACUCCAACAAGCUGACCAACGUUUCCCAAGAGGUGGUGGACGCCUGGCUCUCGCUCUCCACCAUCAGUCUGUCCAGCAACACCUGGGACUGCAGGACCAGCAUCUGCCCCCUGGUGACCUGGCUGAAGAACUUCAAGGGGAACAAGGAGACCACCAUGAUCUGUGCCGGCCCGAAAGAGGUGCAGGGGGAGAAAGUGAUGGAGGUGGUGGAGAACUUGAGCGUCUGCAAGAACACCCCGGCCCCCUACGUCCCCAUCCCCUCCACCCCCAGCUCCCAGUCCAAAGCAAGAAGGCCCCCCUCCCCCACUCUCUCCAAGGUGGACGAGGUGGCAGUGCGCACCAGUGGGGCGGCGGGGACGCCCUCCCCUUCCCCCCCUGCCGGAGCCUCCGUCCCGGAGCAGGACUUCGAGCACGUGUCCUUCCACAAGAUCGUCGCGGGCAGCGUGGCGCUCUUCCUGUCGGUGGCCAUCAUCCUGCUGGUGAUCUACGUGUCGUGGCGGCGCUACCCCAGCAGCAUGAAGCAGCUGCAGCAGCACUCGGUGGCGCGCAAGCGCCGGAAAAAGGCCCGGCGCGAGACCGGCGGCCGCGCCCUCAGCGCCCCGCUGCAGGAGUACUAUGUGGACUACAAGCCCACGAACUCUGAGACCGUGGACGUGCUGGUCAACGGCACGGGCCCCUGCACCUACACCAUCUCGGGCUCACGCGAAUGUGAGGUAUGAUCCAUC